UACACACUUUCGGCGGCGCUUCGCGUGGGUUAUUUGAAUAAGUGUUUUAAUUAAAAAGCAAACAAAGGCGGAGGUCGGACGCCGCGGUGGUGAUUUCAUCAGCUGUCGCUGAUUUUCAAGAGCUGUGCUUUUUUUUUGAGAAUUUCCUCUCGCACUUUUCUGAGACUUUUUGACAGCUCGGUUUUUGUUUGAAAUCCUUCAGGAGCGACCAUGGCUGAGACGGCAGCGGCUCCCGCGUCCAAGCCCAAGAAGACGAAAAGCUCCAAGAAAGCGGUGUCGCAUCCCAAAUACUCCGAGAUGAUCAAAGCGGCCAUCGCAGCCGACCGGAGCCGCAGCGGCGCGUCGCGUCAGUCCAUCCAGAAGUACGUGAAGAACCACUACAAGGUGGGAGACAACGCCGACUCCCAGAUCAAACUCGCCCUGAAGCGGCUGGUGGCCAGCGGGCUCCUGCGCCACACCAAGGGCAUCGGAGCCUCGGGCUCCUUCAAGCUGGCCAAAGCCGAGGACGCCAAGAAGCCAGAGAAGCCCAAACCAGCAGCCGUCAAAGUCAAGAAGCCAGCCAAAGCCGCUGCCAAACCCAAGAAAGCCCCCAAGCCCAAGAAAGUGGCGAAGUCCCCCGCGAAAACUAAGAAAGCCGCCGAGAAGAAAGUGAAGAAAGCAGCGGAGAAGAAGAAGUCUCCUGUCAAAGCCAAGAAAGUUGUCAAGAAGGCGAAGGUGGCCAAACCUGCCAAGGCGAGCAAAGCCAAGAAGGUGAAAACGGCGAAGCCCAAACCCAAAACAGCGGCUAGGAAAACAGGCAAAAAGAAGUGAACUCAACCCCAUGGGACUGAUUCGUUCUCAGUGUAAAUACACUUUUUGAAGCAAAUGUUUUUUGGUAUAUUGUUAUUUUUGUAAGGUCUUUGUGCGCGGACUUCAACCCCACAUUUUUACAGCGUGUUUUUCUCCACAAACUUUCUUGUGCGCAUUUGUGAGAAGAUCCCCAGACAUCGAAACGGCAAAACUCUUAUUUAUUUUUUUUCUUCUUAAAGCUGAACUGCAUUAUCAUCAUAUAUUCCUCCUACUGUAGGACUGUGAAGAAUACUAAAAUGUCAUUGUAUGAAGAACGCUGCCCUGUACAGAAUCAAACUUGUGACGUGGACUGUUGUAGCUCCAUAAUAAUACUGUCAUUGCGCGUUAUUCGCAUUUCUGUGCAUCAAUAAACUUUUCUCAUUUGCAAACA